AUGCCUCCAAAACAAUUUAAAAAGUCGUUCGCUGCCCAAGGAAAAUUAGAGCAACAACAACGGGAGAGAAGUAUUCGGGAACAAGAAAGUCAUCUCAAAGCAAAAACCUAUUUGGAGCACUUGGCUGUUGAUUAUAUCAUGAAAACUGUGGUAUUUGAAAAUGCUGAGCAGUUGCCUCCUUUUGAAGAAAUGAAGAAUAUUCUUGUGAUGGCACUCAAAACGUCUUUAGCAAGACAACAAUCGGAAACAAUGAGCUCAUAUGGUACAACAAACACAGUUUAUUCCGAAAUUGAGAAAUAUAUUGAUGAAUAUACAGAAUUUUUAAUUAGCGUUCUGGAGCGAGAAAUCAAGAAUAAUGCUUCCAACAAGCAGCAACCAGCCUGCCUCAUUAAUUUCAAUAUUAAAGAGGUCAAGCCUCUCACAAAGAGCGAAGGAGAAGAGUUUUUGGAUGCUUUGGACAAGAUAUCACUAGUUGAUUUAGUCACCAAGUAA